GACUGCUGUAAGGCCGCACAAGCGCGCUCAUUGCUGCUCGUGGGCUAUCGCACAAAUCUGUGCGCUGCUGCGGAACUGCUGUCGCAAUCGCUGCACGCUCCAGCCUCUGUAAACUAGCCUGCAGCCGUGCCACAGCCUGCAGCAAAAAAGGCAUGGCGCGCAGCAAGAAACGCCGCCGCCCGGACGCCGCGACGCCGCAGAUCGACGCCGCCCGCGCCCAGCGCAUCUACGCCGCCUUCGCGGACGCGUCCGACGCGUUCUUCGCGGGCGACGCAACGGCGAAAGCGCAAGCGGACGCCAUGGAGCUCGACGGGCCCAUGGCCGAUUUAAGGGGCUGCCUCGCGCUGCUGGCGGCGCGCGCGAAGCCGAGCUGCCUGAUCGCCUUUGGCAUGGAGCCGGCGUACGCCAAAAGGUUGGUGGAGGGCCUCUGGGCGCCUUUUUGUCGGGAGCACCUGCCCGAGAUCCAGAUACGGAUGAUCGACGGCGAAUGCGAGCCCCUGCCGGACUGCUCCCUCCGACAUCAGUACGUCGCGUUUCCGGAAACGUCGCGAGACGUUAUACAAAGGGCCUACUUCUCUGGUUUGGCGGGCGAGCCCUUGUUCGAGGCGAUCGGCGGCGCCCUGGGCUACCCGAACGCCCACGGGCUGGCGACGGAUUGUAGGGUGGAGUAUCGCAUCGGCGAGGACUUCGUCCUCGAGUUCCUGGCGUCCUCGGACGGCUUCGGCGCCGUCGCCGCGCACUUCGCGCGGUGCGCGGAGGCCCUCGCGGGCGUGGGCCCGCUUCUGAUUAGUGUGGACGGCGUCGACCUCGACGCGGCCGCGGUGGCCGCGGGCGACGAGGGCGCGCUGCGCGCGGCGGGCUGGGCGCCGGGGCUCAACGCCGUCGAGGCGGACAUCGAUUUUAGCUGAGUGUAAGGAAGGUG